UACGGAGUAGGAAGGUGAGUUAGUCUAUUGUUUCUCCAAAUAUAUAACAACACAAUAGAGAUAGAAGGCAGACAUAUACAUUGAGACCCGGAUAGCUUCUAGCCAAAAGGUCAACGAUUAUCAAGAAAACAAGAGAGAAAGAUGAUGAAAUUUGGAGGGAUUCUUGGUUUUGAAACUGGAAUCAUGUUAGCACCUAUGGGUGUUGAUGUUGCUGGACCUGAACUUGUCGCUGCUGUCGCAAAUGCCGGUGGUAUUGGACUGAUCGCUAGCCCUGUAAAUGAUUAUGAACUGACGGUCAAAGCGAUAAAUGAUACAAGGAAACUGACGGGUAAACCAUUUGGAGCUGGGAUAUUGUUAGAGUUCGAGCAAACCAAUACAAUCAGAGCAAUAUUUGAUGAGAAAUUGGCUUGCUUACAAGUAUACUGGGGUGAUUUCUCUAAAGAAAUGGUUGAUGAAGCGCAUAAACAUGGAGUCAAAGUCAUCCAUCAGGUAGGAUCAGUGAAGGCAGCAGAAAGAGCAAUAGCUUCCGGUGUGGAUUGUAUCAUCGCCCAAGGUUCAGAGGCCGGUGGUCAUGUUGCUGGUACAGUUUCGCUGACCGCGUUAGUGCCGAGAAUAGUUGAUGCAGUUGGAGAUCGGGGAAUUCCGGUGGUAGCAGCCGGAUCAAUGGUUGAUGCUAGGGGAUAUGUUGCUGCCCUUGCACUAGGUGCCCAGGGCAUAAAUGUGGGUACAAGGUUUAUAGCUACACAUGAAGCUUAUGCAAAUGACUACUACAAGCAACAACUACUCCAUUACAACGAAGAGCAGACGGAUCGUACUGAUUUGUAUGGUCGGUAUGUUUGGAAAGGAGACGUGCGUUGCCUCAACACACCCUUCCAUCAACAGUGGAAAAAUGCACCUGAGUGGGUACAAAAUGACGAUUAUCAACCUAUAAUUGGGAAAUCCACCUUCUAUACCCAUGAAAUGGUACUUCGCCGAUUUGCAGGUCAAGUUGCAAACCCUACUACUUGUGGUAAACUAGAGGACAUGGUCAUGUAUGCAGGACAAGGAGUAGGCCUCGUAAAUGAUAUUAUUCCGGCUGGUGAAGUGGUAAGAAGAUUCGUUGAGGGUGCAAAAGCUAUAAUUCAAGGGCUAAACCAAAACUACUUGUUAGAAUCUACUCCAAUCAAAGCUAAUGAUGAUGAUAGUGACGAAAGUUCUGUUACGGUUUAAGACGUAGAGCGUUUGAACUAUCCUUGUUCUCUGUUGAAAUCUUUGUAAUUUGUUCCUCCAGCUUCUUCAUAUGUUGUUUCUCUGUGGUUUGUGGGAUGAAAAAGAAUAAAAUAAAUUUCAACA